CUUACAUAUCCUCUGCAUUUCCACAAGCAUCAUCACCUCCCACUAAACAAGUUUCAAAAUGAGCCUCGCCGACCUGCUCAGUGCUUCCGAUAUUACUGCUGCUCUGAGGGAGUGCCAAGCUCCUGACACCUUCAAUUACAAGAAAUUUUUCCAAACUAGUGGGCUGACCAAAAAGACGGCCAGCCAAGUGAAAGAAGCCUUCCGGGUUUUAGACAAUGAUCAGAGUGGAUUUAUAGAAGAGGAAGAACUUAAGUUUUUCCUUCAGCGUUUUGAUCCAAGCUGCCGAGAACUAACAUGCUCAGAAACCAGGGAAUUCAUGGCUGCCGCUGACCAUGAUGGAGAUGGGAAAAUUGGAGCUGAAGAGUUCCAGGAAAUGGUUCAUUCAUAGAAACCUGCAGAUUCUGGUGGCGUGCCCACAGUAACCUCAUAAUGCAAACAAGACAUUUAAAUCUGGGACAUUGUGCUUCACGUUCACCUUGGCUGUCUUCAUCCCAUGCCUGGACAAGAGAACGAGGUUAGAAAAAAGAUGUACCACUUUGGUGGACCUGAAUAUGGGUGUUUCUUCAUGUGGCAUGCACUAACCAUUACUGAAUGUCCUAACAAUCCAAUAAAACUCUAUAUACCAUGA